GCAGUAGCAAACACUAAAUUGUUCCUUCGCAGAGAAUGACAGCUUUCCCAACAGACGAGAAUGUCGAGAAGUGGAAAAUCCAUUGGCAUUUAUUUGCUUUUGUCCGGCUAUCCACUGUUAGCUCUAAGCUCGCCCUCGUGUCUUUUACACGGGUACUCAUGCAAGUUUGGUCGACUGGGAGUUUGAACCAUCUGAAACGAUCUGUCUGUUGCAUCAAUAUGAUGCAACGUGUCGAGCUACACAGAAUACUGUGGUAUAUUCUGCCAAUCCGUUCCGCCGGGUUUCCCAAAUGUCGAGUCCCGUCAUCCGGUCAGAAGUCGGGUUUGCAAAAGGAGUAUUGUGAGGAAAACUCUUGGUGUAGAUAAGGACAUUGCCUGUUAUAGAUGGAAC